CUCUCCUUUGCUAGGCCUAGGUUGUGUCAUGCCAUGCGGCUGCUUGGCUUCCUCGCGUCUGUUGCCGCUGCUGCGUCGUUCGGCCGAGGGCGAGGGCGAGGGCGAUGGCAAGGAGGGGAAUGUGGCUUGUAUGUGCACGCCAGCACCCCGUCGCCCACGACCUGUUGGAGCCGGGGGAUCAGCGUGCUCAACUACAUCGUCCCCAAGAAGAAGAAAGGCGUCAGGCCUCGCUUCUGCCUCACGCGGCUCAAGAAGAGGAGGAUCAUCGGCAACCUGGUGAAGCGGUCCAAGAGGCAUACGUGGACGAGCAAGAGGAGGCUGGCGAUGGAAGUGGAUGCCGUCAAACAGGUGGAGGAGGAGGAGAAGAGGAGGAGGAGGGCCGUAGAGGACAGGCCCCUGCUGCUGCAGCUGAGAAGGCAGCAGCAGAGGGCGGGCCGGGUGCGGAGGAUUCUGGGCGAGCAAAGGACCUUUGCAGACAAGGCCGCCGACGUGUAUGCCGAGCUCAUUCGCCUGAGAGCAGCAGGCAAGCCAUUGUCCCAGCUGAGCUACGACGGCAUUGAGAGGUGGUUCAAGAGUGACACCGCUGCUUUCGCGGGCCAGAGGAGUGCGGAACCCGGCAGGGCACAAGUUGCGUCGGCACUGGAAUCCAACGGGAGCGUGUUUCAUGGCCUGGGGUGGCUGGGCAGGGGAAGGUGGAACGUUCACACCACGACGAUAGACGAUGCUGGAGUGUGCCGGAGGUGUCACGAGCAGCUGUCCACGUACAAGACCGACGCACAAGAGGCGGACAAGUUCGCCCGUCACAUGGUGAACCUCGCCUCCAAGAGCGUCCAUCGCUUGCAUUUCGACAUGUUCUCGGAUUGGAUGCACCUCACCUCGUACGACGCCAUCCUGGACGGUCUAAGCUUGCGACGCUGCAACGUUGACUCGCGCCUCAAGCUCGUCAGGAGCGCAACCUUCCACGACAUUUUGAAAUCAGCGGUGGAGGAGCUGCGAAUGCGGUCCCUCAAGUUCUUGGUUGUGCUCGACACCGAGGGAGCUCAUGCAAACGGGAACUCACCGGUGGCUGGGGAUCCCAAGCUGUUUCUGUACCAGCUGAAACAAGACAAGGAGCUCUACACGGUGCCCAAGGGAGUGGACUCGACCUGGCUUGCCCUCUAUGCUGCCAUGAAGCACGGAUGCAUGCUGCUCACCAACGACACCCUGGAGAAGCCGAGAAAGCUAUACCCAGGCAUGUUCUUACCCAAGUGGAUGGAGAGGCAUCAGGUUCGUUUUGAUCUUCCAAUUCAGUUGUCAUGGCCGCCAGCUUAUUCGGUGGCGAUCCAGGAGUCUCUGGAGGGCUCGUGGCAUGUUCCCAGCUACAGCGCUCAUGAUCUGACACAACCUAGGCCGUGGCUAUGCAUCACGCGGCCAAGAAAGCUGGUCUACGAAAAUAACACAACGCGGGUGGUAACCAUCUCCUAACCUUUGAAGCUAGA